GGACAUGUUAUGUUGAUUGCAGUUUCAGGCAAUGUCAAAAUGCUUUUUAGCUGGAAGAGAAACUAAUGUUGAAGCUGCUGCAACAUCAACAGAUGAAUGGGUGGAACAGUAUCAGCCCGGUGUCUACGUAAGAUUGACAAUGCUGCCAAGUGGAAAGAAGGGACUGAAGGGAUUUAGGUUCAGUAGGAAAAAGUUUACUGUGAAGGAAGUAGAGAAAUGGUGGAAAGAAAACAAGCUUUCUGUCUACAAGAAUUAUGAUAUUGAAGAUGAUUACAAUGGUGGUUCAUGUUAGACAAGUGAUUUAAUCACUUAAUGUGCUUAAUAUGUGAGGAGAAAAGUGCUAUGUUGUACUGCCUAUGGAAUAUGUAAAGACUAUCUUAAGAUUAAUUGGUAU